GGACGGGUACUGCCGGUGGGUCAGGGUUCGGCCUCAACAUGGCGGUUCCGGUCGAGCAGUGACCAAGGUUUUACCGUCUGGAGGGUUAACUGGCGAUUGUCGGCGUCUCCACCCAUCACGGUGGAAUGCGAGGACGCCGGGGCGAGCCCUGAGGAGCGGCGGUGCAGGGGAGGGGUCCGUGGUGUGUGCCUGGGAGCCGAGGCAGCGGCGUCUGUUCCUUCUGUUGGUCUCAAGGCUUCAGUGUGGGGCCCCGCCCGGCCGGGCUAGGCCGGCGGGCGGCGGCAGUAGCUGCUGCAGCCGCAGGAUCAGUCUCUGAGAGCGGGCCGGAGGGCGGGCGCCGCCGCUGCUUGUGCCGCGGCGAUGGCCCAGUGUGUACAAUCAGUGCAGGAGCUAAUCCCGGACUCCUUCGUCCCCUGUGUCGCCGCGCUGUGCAGCGACGAAGCCGAGCGGCUCACUCGCCUCAAUCACCUUAGCUUCGCGGAGUUGCUUAAGCCCUUCUCUCGCCUCACUUCGGAGGUACAUAUGAGAGAUCCUAAUAAUCAACUUCACAUAAUCAAAAAUCUGAAGAUAGCAGUAAGCAACAUUAUCACCCAACCACCUCAACCCGGAGCCAUUCGGAAGCUUUUGAAUGAUGUUGUUUCUGGCAGUCAGCCUGCGGAAGGAUUAGUAGCUAAUGUGAUUACAGCAGGAGAUUAUGACCUCAACAUCAGUGCUACCACUCCAUGGUUUGAGUCUUACAGAGAGACCUUUCUUCAGUCGAUGCCAGCAUCAGAUCAUGAAUUUCUGAACCACUAUUUAGCAUGUAUGUUGGUAGCAUCAUCUAGUGAAGCUGAACCUGUGGAACAGUUUUCAAAGUUAUCACAAGAACAGCAUCGAAUUCAGCACAACAGUGACUAUUCCUACCCCAAGUGGUUUAUACCAAAUACACUUAAAUAUUAUGUACUUUUACAUGAUGUAAGUGCAGGAGAUGAACAGAGAGCUGAAUCAAUUUAUGAAGAAAUGAAACAGAAAUAUGGAACUCAGGGUUGCUAUUUACUUAAAAUUAAUUCUCGAACAUCUAAUCGAGCAUCAGAUGAACAGAUACCAGAUCCUUGGAGUCAGUAUCUUCAGAAAAAUAGUAUUCAAAACCAGGAAUCAUAUGAAGAUGGCCCUUGUACUAUAACUUCAAAUAAGAAUUCUGAUAGUAACUUGCUUUCAUUGGAUGGAUUAGAUAACGAAGUCAAAGUAGAUGGCUUACCAAAUAACUUUAGAGCUCACCCACUUCAGUUGGACUCAUCCAGUGACGCUUCUAACAGCAUUGAUGGCCCAGAUCAUGUAAAAUCUGCUUCAUCAUUACAUGAAACAAAGAAAGCAAAUACUGGAAUUAUUCAUGGUGCAUGUUUAACCCUUACUGAUCAUGAUAGAAUUCGACAGUUUAUACAAGAGUUCACUUUUCGGGGCCUUUUGCCACAUAUAGAGAAAACAAUUCGGCAAUUAAAUGAUCAGCUAAUAUCAAGAAAAGGUUUAAGUCGAUCUCUAUUUUCUGCAACUAAAAAAUGGUUUAGUGGCAGUAAAGUUCCAGAAAAAAGCAUUAAUGAGCUGAAAAAUACAUCUGGAUUGCUGUAUCCGCCGGAAGCACCAGAGCUUCAAAUCCGAAAAAUGGCUGACUUAUGCUUUUUGGUGCAGCAUUAUGAUUUGGCUUAUAGUUGCUAUCAUACUGCAAAGAAAGAUUUUCUUAAUGAUCAAGCAAUGCUUUAUGCAGCUGGUGCAUUGGAAAUGGCAGCAGUGUCAGCUUUCCUUCAGCCAGGAGCGCCUAGGCCAUACCCUGCGCAUUACAUGGAUACAGCAAUCCAGACAUACAGGGAUAUCUGCAAGAAUAUGGUAUUGGCUGAAAGAUGUGUAUUGCUUAGUGCUGAAAUCUUAAAAAGCCAAAGCAAAUAUUCAGAGGCCGCAGCUCUCCUAAUACGGUUGACCAGUGAGGAUUCUGAUCUUCGAAGUGCACUUCUUUUGGAACAGGCGGCACAUUGCUUUAUAAACAUGAAGAGCCCCAUGGUUAGAAAAUACGCAUUUCAUAUGAUACUGGCAGGACAUCGGUUUAGUAAAGCAGGGCAAAAAAAGCAUGCUUUACGCUGUUAUUGUCAAGCCAUGCAGGUUUACAAAGGAAAAGGCUGGUCUCUGGCAGAGGAUCACAUUAACUUCACUAUUGGGCGCCAGUCCUAUACCCUUAGGCAACUGGAAAAUGCUGUGUCUGCUUUUAGGCAUAUUUUAAUCAAUGAAAGUAAACAAUCUGCUGCUCAACAAGGGGCCUUCCUCAGAGAGUAUCUUUAUGUUUACAAGAACGUAAGUCAGCUGUCACCAGAUGGCCCUUUACCGCAGCUACCUUUACCGUAUAUUAACAGUUCAGCCACACGGGUUUUCUUUGGCCACGACAGACGACCAGCAGAUGGUGAAAAGCAAGCAGCUACUCAUGUAAGUCUCGAUCAGGAAUAUGACUCUGAAUCCUCUCAGCAGUGGCGAGAACUUGAGGAACAAGUUGUAGCUGUGGUUAACAGAGGAGUAGUUCCAUCCAAUUUCUACCCCACACAAUAUUGUUUGAAUAGUUAUUCAGAUAACUCAAGAUUUCCACUGGCAGUUGUAGAAGAACCAAUAACAGUGGAAGUGGCUUUUAGAAAUCCUUUGAAGGUUCCACUUUUGUUGACUGAUUUGUCAUUGCUAUGGAAGUUUCAACCUAAAGAUACUAGUGGAAAGGAUAAUGAAGAAGUUAAAGAACUAGUAACAGGUGAACCUAAAAUGAUUGGAACUGAAGUUAUUUCAGAAUUUUUAAUUAAUAGUGAAGAAUCUAAAGUGGCAAGACUAAAGCUCUUUCCCCAUCACAUAGGGGAGCUGCAUAUUCUCGGAGUUGUUUAUAAUCUUGGCACUAUUCAGGGCUGCAUGACAGUAGAUGGCAUUGGUUCUCUUCCUGGAUGUCACACAGGAAAACAUUCCUUGAGUAUGUCAGUCAGAGGGAGACAAGAUUUAGAAAUUCAAGGUCCUCGACUUAACAAUACAAAAGAAGAGAAAACAUCUAUCAAAUAUGGUCCUGAUCGACGUUUAGAUCCCAUUAUCACGGAGGAAAUGCCACUGUUGGAGGUAUUCUUUAUACAUUUCCCUACAGGGCUCCUCUGUGGAGAAAUCCGAAAAGCAUAUGUAGAGUUUGUCAAUGUCAGCAAAAGUCCUCUUACUGGAUUGAAGGUUGUUUCUAAACGUCCAGAGUUCUUUACUUUUGGUGGUAACACAGCUGUUCUAACACCACUAAGUCCUUCAGCUUCUGAGAACUGUAGUGCUUACAAGACUGUUGCGACAGACUCUACCGCUGUGUGUACAGCACUCAUAUCAUCGGCUUCCUCUGUAGACUUUGGCAUUGGCAUAGGGAGUCAGCCAGAGGUGAUUCCUGUUCCCCUUCCUGACACUGUUCUUCUACCUGGAGCUUCAGUCCAGCUACCAAUGUGGUUACGUGGGCCAGAUGAAGAAGGUGUCCAUGAAAUUAACUUUUUGUUUUACUAUGAAAGUGUUAAAAAGCAGCCUAAGAUCCGUCACAGAAUAUUAAGACACACUGCAGUCAUUUGUACCAGCCGAUCUUUGAAUGUACGGGCCACUGUCUGCAGAAGUAAUUCUCUUGAAGAUGAGGAGGGCAGAGGGGGCAAUAUGUUAGUCUUUGUGGAUGUGGAAAAUACCAAUACUAGUGAAGCAGGUGUUAAGGAAUUCCAUAUAGUACAAGUAUCGAGUAGUAGCAAACACUGGAAAUUCCAGAAAUCUGUAAAUCUCUCUGAAAACAAAGAUGCCAAACUUGCCAGCAGGGAGAAGGGAAAAUUUUGUUUUAAGGCAAUACGAUGUAAGGAAAAAGAAGUUGCCACACAGUCCUCAGAAAAAUACACCUUUGCAGAUAUCAUCUUUGGAAAUGAACAGAUAAUAAGUUCAGCAAGUCCAUGUGCAGACUUCUUUUAUCGAAGCUUAUCUUCUGAAUUAAAGAAACCACAAGCCCAGCCGUCCGUGCAUACUGAAAAACAGUCAUUAGAGGAUGCUGUGAGAUUGAUUCAGAAGUGCAGUGAGGUGGAUUUGAAUAUUGUCGUAUUAUGGAAGGCUUAUGUAGUGGAAGAUAGUAAGCAACUAAUUUUGGAAGGUCAGCAUCAUGUUAUUCUUCGCACUAUAGGAAAAGAAGCGUUUUCAUGUCCUCAGAAACAGGAACCACCAGAAAUGGAACUAUUAAAAUUUUUCAGGCCAGAAAACACUACAGUUCCUUUAAGACCGUCAGUAGAGCAGCUUUCUAAUCUCAUUAAAACGAGUCUUCACUAUCCAGAAUCAUUUAAUCAUCCAUUUCAUCAAAAAAGCCUUUGUUUAGUACCAGUCACCCUUUUACUUUCCAAUUGUUCUAAGGCUGAUGUUGAUGUAAUAGUUGAUCUUCGGCAUAAAACAACAAGUCCAGAAGCAUUGGAAAUCCAUGGAUCAUUUACAUGGCUUGGACAAACACAAUAUAAACUUCAGCUUAAAAGCCAGGAGAUUCACAGUUUGCAGCUGAAGGCAUGCUUUGUCCAUACAGGUGUUUAUAACCUUGGAACACCUAGGGUAUUUGCCAAGUUAUCGGACCAAGUUACAGUGUUUGAAACGAGUCAGCAGAACUCCAUGCCUGCUCUGAUCAUCAUCAAUAAUGUGUGAUGACUUGCAAAUUUGUACUGAAAUCCACAAGAAUCAGUUUUAUUUUACUGAAUGGGUUUUAACAGCAGUAUUUGUUAUACCUAACUUGUUAUGGAGGUUGGUGUCGGGUCACUGCAAAAUACUUUCGACUUGUCAAUCUGUUGAUGAUGCAAAGCACGUUGGACUGAGAAUACUCAUAUUCUUUUUUUGUAUUUCUUUAAACCCUGGUAAUAAUUUACAUGCUCAUAAUACGGAAUUUCAACAUAGCCACGCACCUUAUUAAGCCCUGUCUUAAAAACCAGUGUCUAAGUCUGCUGUUACAACAUAUUGAUGGUAUAUGAAUAUUACCAGAUGAUUUUGAGGAAGGAAAGGCCUUGUUGGUGAUACUCCUGUUAAGCCAUUAGUCUAUAAAUUCCAGCUUUACUGUGAAGUUCUAUAGAGUGUUAAAUACGGAUUUUCCUGUCUUGCUUCACACAAUUCUCUAAAAUACAUUUUGAACUUUGGUUAUAGAGUCUUCAUACUUCAGUAUCUGGUGGUUCCUAUGGCUUAUACAUAACUUUGUAAAAAGAAAAAAAUUUUUUCUGAUGCUUUGAAUAUAGUUUUGAAAGGAGUUUGACUUUUUUUUCCUCAUUCAUCUCAGUAUAGGGUGCACUAUUUCACAAUAUGAGAUUUUUUGUCAUUUAAAUUAUCAUAUUCUUUAUUAUGUAACUUUAACAUUUGAGUUGAUCUGUUUAAAAUAUGAAUCUCAAGUUAAUUAAAAAUAAGCUUUUCAAAAAUGUAUUAUAUUUAUAACAAAUGUAAAUAGAAUAAAGACAUGCUAUUCACUGUAUAGAUUUAUUAGAUGCCUUUUUUUAAUUCUGAGGACAUAAUAUAUUCUUUAUUUAAAAUGAAUGCUAACCAUAUUAAUUAUAGCAGGAGAAACUAGUUUCCUGAGAAAGCCUUGUUUCCAAACAUGAAGUACAAGGCUUUGUUCCAGUAGUCCUUGGUGGCCAUGUUUACAUGAGCAAACAAAUUUUGUCUUUAAAUAUGUCAUGUCUGACACCCAGUUACAAAUUUGGAGAAUUCUUUAAUAUCCUGGGAGAAAGGAAGAUCAUGCCUACUGAACUAUUGAAAAUAACCACAUUGCAGACUCUGAUGCUGGGUAUGGUAGACGAGGUGAUUAGCCUUCCUGCUGAAGAAAAGUAGACUCUAGACAAAAGAGAUGAAAACCUCUUACAAAAAACAAAGUGUUAACAGUAUAGUCAGUUAUUAGUGGACCAAAAUCUAGAAGAAAGUCUAGAGGGGAGAGACCAACAUUUGAGGCUACUUUGCCUUGGGAGUGUUUAUCUACUUAGGAAGAAGCAGCCGAUGCACAGAGCCUUAUGUUUGACAUAUUUUGAAUCAAAUACAGGUCAGGAGAAAUCAUCGGAACUUCUGAAGCAAGGAGACAGUAUUUGGAAAAUAGGCACAAGAAACUAAGGGACCUACUGGGUUCAGUGAGAAAAUUUUAUGUUUAUCUGGAGUCCCAGAAGGAGGAGAGAGAGGGUAGGGCAGAAGUGGUAUUUGAAGAGAAUCUCUGAGAAUUUUCCAAGAUGAACACCAAAUUACAGAUUCAAGUGGUUUAGUAAAUCCCAAACAACAGAAAUAUAAAGAAGCCUAUAUCUGGAUGCCACGUAGUGAAAAUGCUGGGAAUUAAAGAAAAGGGGAAUACAAUCUUGAAUACAGAAGACAAUUGGUAGCAUAACUGAUAGCAUACCUCGGAAUAAAAAUAAUGGAAAUCAGAAAAGGGGGGGGGGUAUCUUCAAAGGGCUGAAAGAAACUAACUGCUAAGCCAGAAUUUAAACUCAGCAAGAAUACUUUCAAGAAUGGAAAUGAAACAUAUUUUAAGACAAAACCAGAGAGUUUAUUUCCAGGUGGCCCUAGGAUAAUGAUGUCUACCUAAAUCUUCACCUUUCCCUUCAUUCUGCAAUUAAGUAUACAAAUCAAGGAGAGCAAGUGAAGCCGCACCCAACUCCUACUUUUAGCAUAACUAGACAGAGAAUACUACUAACUUGAAAUUAUCUGUACAUGGAGAAUCUAGCACUGAAUUGCAGCAAACUGUCUCAAGCAUCUACUACAAGCUUUUGUAGAGAGGAGGUGGGGAAGACAGGAAUCCAGAAGGAACUGUGGAAAGGAGCCAAGAGAACACAGGGGUUAAGGGCCAGCGGAAGUCACUUUCAAACAAUGUCUACCCUCACUGCAAAAGUACUCAGCAAGAGGGGCACCUGGGUGGCUCAGGCGGUUAAGUGUCCUGACUUCAGCUCAGGUCGUGAUCUCACAGUUCUUGAGUUUGAGCCACGCGUCAGGCUCUGUGCAGACAGCCUGGAGCCUGCUUGAGGUUCUGUAUCUCCCUCUUUCUCUGCCACUCCCCUGCUCACGCACUGUCUCUCUCAAAAAUAAACGUUAAAAAAAUUUUUUUUAACAGGAGAUCUGGCAGAUGGAGCUCUGAUGACAGGCUUUGCAGUGGGGCCUCUUAGGAGCAGCAAGAAACAGGGUCCAUUCAUCAGGCAGCUAAGGAAACGGGAAUAACCUUAUCAGUUGGCUACUUAGGAGAGUAUUGAGUAUUAUGAGGCUUGUGCAGCUCAAAGAACUUUCAAUCUCAACAGAAAUUUUUUC